UAAUAACUUUGAUAUCAUUAUGGAAACUGGUAAAAUUGGUGUUAAAGUGAAUGAUGGAACUAAAAAAUCACAACGAAAUGCGAAACCGAAUCAAAAGAUCGUGCGUCUUAUUGAUGUUCCGUUCCCUCCAGAUUUAACUGAAGAGGAUCUAGUAAAACCUAGAAAUGAAAAUUGUGAUAAACUGAAAGUACCGAAUAAAUUCUUUAUAUACAGAAAAUGGUACACCAUGUGUUUGGAGAGAGAAGAACUGAAAAAUGAUCAAACGUCAAUUUCUCCUUAUAUUUCUGAACAAUGGAGAAAUGAACCUCAAAAAGUUAAGGAUCAUUAUGCUGACUUGUCUAUACGUGCGGGCAAAUUGUUCAAAGAAAGAUACGGAAAAGAAGGAUUUAAAACCAAUACUUCAA